AAGAAAAAAAAAAAACAGAAAGAGAACUCUUCUGUUCCAUCUUCACCAUCUCUCGUACUGCAACAGUCUCCGUUGCAAUCUCUCUUGGUCGUUGUUUCAAUAGCAAGAUCCGGUGGCCGCAGGAACCUUUUCUCAUUUUGAUGAACAACCCGUAAAGGAAACAGUGAGAUUCGACGGCGGAUCUGAAUAUGAUUUUCAGAUUUUAGAAAAAGUUUUGUUUUUGUGAUAGGAGAAUAGAGUUCAAUUCUACUUCUGAAUUUUAAUUAAUCCUAUUUCAAGAAUUUGUUGUUACAAAUCAAUUCUUUUCCCCCCUACAAAAUUCCACGAAUUUCUCAAUUUUCUUUCCCAACUCAAGUUCUUUCUCAACACUUCUUUGAUUUUCCUUUGCCUUUUUUUUCAAUUUUUCCAUCUAUUUUCUCACUUGAACACUACCUGUAUUUUUCUCUCAAAAGGGUUUUUUGGGUUUCAUUUUCUUCAUUGUUUCUACUCAAACACAUGAAAGAAAGAACCCAUUUUUAAUGUACCAUCCUCUCCAAAUAUGAAAAGAAGCAGCAGCAUCUCUCUGGGUUGUUCAGCACAAUCAAUUAGUUUUCUUUGAUUCUCAGAUCUGGGUUUAAUAGAGACGGUCACAACUCACAAAGAUUGAGAAUGACUUUUUUUUUUUGUUUCAACUAAAAAAAUUAGUUUUUGUUACGCGAAUUACAAAGCAAGACAUUGUCUGUCUCUCUUUUGUUUUUUUUUUUUUCUCUCUACAGGUUAUUAGGUAAGUGAUUUAAAUAAAUUGAUGAUGUGGACCAAUAAAAGAUAGUUUGUUAAAAAGAGUGCGUUAAUGGGUGUGACCAUAGCAUUACUCGAUUCAACAAUAUGUGCUAAUUAUAAUUUUCUUUUUCCAGUCAUGGUUUCAGAACGGGCCUUUAGAUCCCGAUUUAUCAAGUGAAGCGGGCUCUGCUUCCGGCGAUCAAUCCAGCAAGGAUGUUGACAUUAAGGAAUGACCGUAUCUUUACAUCCAGAUGGAGCGUUGUUCCCGAUGAUAUAUGAUCUUGAGAACAGGUUAUCGUCAUUAGGGUUUACCAAGACAUUUGUUUUACAAUCACCUAUUCCUAUUCCAUCUGUGCUCACACAAAAAAAUCCUCAACGUUCAUGGACAACUCAUUCAACUUUUGAAUUUGAGAAGACUUCACUUACACUGAAAAUUGAUGUUUGUUUUGAGGUGGUUGAUGAAGAUGAUCUAAAGAUAUCUCAGAUUUCACCCGGGGAUUGUGAAACUCGGAGCACUAGAAAAGACCACAAAAAUCACACUUCCGGGGGGGCUGAAGAGGAUAAAGUAUUCAAUUUAGGAUCCACAAGAAAAAAGAUUAAGGAUCCUCAAUCGGCUUGUGACCCUGAUACUAUAAAGUUGUUGGCAUGUAAUGAUGAGAUGACUAUGCCUCUGGUUGUGUUGGCUCACACGCUCGACGACCUUAAGUACGAAGGGGUUAAGCUGAGAACUGAACUGAUCAUCAAUGUAUCAUUAAUGCGAAAGUUGCCAAAGGAGUCUUCCUCUGUGGAUAUGGUAAUACUAUUCUGGAUGGCAGAGACUCGUUGUCUUUCCAAUCAUGUCAUUCAAGAAAUUAUUAGGGUGGUAAAACCAGGUGGCACAUUUGUUAUUCGCAAGCCAUAUGUGCGUGCUUCCAAGGCUGCUUACCUUUAUAAGAUGAUAUAUGAUCUUGAGAACAGGUUAUCGUCAUUAGGGUUUACCAAGACAUUUGUUUUACAAUCACCUAUUCCUAUUCCAUCUGUGCUCACACAAAAAAAUCCUCAACGUUCAUGGACAACUCAUUCAACUUUUGAAUUUGAGAAGACUUCACUUACACUGAAAAUUGAUGUUUGUUUUGAGGUGGUUGAUGAAGAUGAUCUAAAGAUAUCUCAGAUUUCACCCGGGGAUUGUGAAACUCGGAGCACUAGAAAAGACCACAAAAAUCACACUUCCGGGGGGGCUGAAGAGGAUAAAGUAUUAAAGUUAUGCUCCACAACAAAACGGAUUAAGGAUCCUCAAUCGGCUUGUGACUAUAUUGAUGUUGAUUCGGAACUGAAAAAUGAAGAUUGUCUUUUGACCGAAGAAGAUCUAAAGAAACCUCAGAUGCUACCUGUUGGUGAUUAUAAAUAUGGGACUAUUAGAAAAGCCCCCAACAAUGACUCUUUUUCGAGGGCUAAAGAAGAGGAAAAAGUAUUGAAGUUAGGAUGACAGCAGAACAGAUUAAAUAAUCCUCAAUCAGCUUUGUCGCAGUGUAGCAAUUUCCAGUGAAGGGAGGGUGAUUAAUAUUAAAAAACUGGACUCCUGUUAUUAUUUGUAGUCACUAUAAGUCUAUAAGCUUUGAUUAGUUGACUGGUUUAAUGUUAUAAAACUUUUAUGCCAUGCGAUAGUCGUUAAAUCUUCAACGACGCCAUGGUAAUGGUAAUACUAAUUUAAGGAUGUACUAAUUAUGAAUUUAAAAAAAUCUACUCAUCAAUUCAGUUUCAA